GAAACUCAUUUAUUCAUUGUCCUUCCUCACGUGCGUCCGCCUCCUGCUCGCUCACGUCUCGCGAUGGCCAGCCCGUGACGCGCUGCGCUCUUUAUUUGGAGGAGGAGGAGGAGGAGGAGGUGGAGGAGCGCAGCGUUACUGUCGGGCGAACAUCGGAGGUGUCGUCGUCGCAGCAGCAGCAGCAGCAGCAGCAGCAGCCGCCGCCGCCGCCGCGACGCCCUGAGGACCAGCGUCAACUGUUCAUCUCGAUCGGCGCUGAGGCGGAUUUUGCGCCACGGCGCCGUCGCACCUGCCUCGGGAGCGAAUGGACAACAAAGACUGAUCCCGGCGCCGCGCCGCGCGCCAGCGGAACGCCGAGCCAGGCUGCGCGAGAGAAAACAGCAACCCGCAGAGACGUCCGUCCAUGUAACAGCCAAGGGACCGUUUGUGUGCGCACGAUUCUCCUUCUCCUUUGCCUCCAGGACGUCCACAGACUGCAGGCCGGUCCUCGGCGAUCCGCAGGUUUAAUUAUAGCAACGCGCGCGUCUUCCCUUUGGCUCCGACCUCCGAUUGGCUGACGGCGUCUUCAGGCGCCAGCGUCAACGACCCCUUGUUCCAACGACACACAAUACAAACAAGGAGAAUCAUGUGGGUCAGUCCCGAAGACGUGUUGCUGGCGGGCGCGUUGUGGAUCACCGAGAGAGCGAACCCCUACUUCAUCCUGCAGAAGCGGAAGGGCCACGGGGAUGGAGGCGGAGGGCUGGCGGGUUUGCUGGUUGGGACCCUGGACGUCGUCCUGGACUCGAGCGCUCGAAUGGCUCCAUAUAGGAUCCUCUACCAGACUCCUGACUCUUUAGUUUACUGGAUCAUUGCUCAUGGAACCUCCCGUAAGGAGAUCACCGAGCACUGGGAGUGGCUGGAACACAACAUGCUGCAGACGCUCUCCAUCUUUGAGAACGAGAAUGACAUUACCACCUUUGUCAAAGGGAAAGUCCAGGGCAUCAUUGCCGAGUACAACAAGAACCACGACGUCAAAGAGGACGACGACACGGACAAGUUCAAGGAGGCCAGCGCCAAGUUUGGCAAGAUGUUCGGGAUGCCGGAAGAGGAGAAGUUGGUCAACUAUUACUCGUGCAGCUACUGGAAGGGCAAGGUGCCUCGGCAGGGAUGGCUGUACCUCAGCAUCAACCACCUCUGCUUCUACUCCUACUUGCUGGGAAAAGAAGUCAAACUGGUGGUGCGUUGGGCAGACAUGACCCAGCUGGAGAAGAGCGCCACCCUUCUGCUGCCUGACGCGAUCAAGGUGAACACCCGCAGCAAUGAGCACGUCUUCUCCGUGUUCCUCAACAUCAGCGAGACGUUCAAGCUGGCCGAGCAGCUGGCCAACAUCGCCAUGCGCCAGCUCCUGGACAACAAAGGCUUCGAGCAGGACCGCUCCCUGCCCAAGCUCAAGAAGAAGUCGCCCAAGAAGGUGUCGGCGCUCAAGAGGGAUCUGGAUGCGAGAGCUAAGAGUGAGCGUUACCGGGCGCUCUUCCGUCUGCCCAAAGACGAAAAACUGGAUGGACACACAGACUGCACCCUGUGGACCCCCUUUAACAAGAUGCACAUCUUGGGACAGAUGUUUGUUUCCACCAACUACAUCUGCUUCACCAGCAAGGAAGAGACCCUGUGUAGCCUCAUCAUCCCCCUGCGCGAGGUGACCAUCGUGGAGAAAGCAGACAGCUCCAACGUGCUGCCCAGCCCGCUGUCCAUCAGUACAAAGAAUCGCAAGACCUUUCUGUUCGCGAACCUGAAGGACCGGGACUUCCUGGUGCAGAGGAUCUCUGACUUUCUGCAGCAGACCACCUCCAAGAUCUACCUGGAGAGUGAACUCACGGGCAGCCUGAGCAGCUCCGACGACGAGGUCUACUCCCAGCAAGGAUCCCUGCUUUCCAGCAGCCCACAGAACAGUGUAGGUUCAGAGGGGGAGCGAACAUUUAACCUCAAUGACAGCAGUGUGCCCACAGCUACACAAGCCCUCAUGACCAUGUACCGCCGCCGGUCGCCUGAGGAGUUCAACCCCAAGCUGGCGAAAGAGUUCAUGAAAGAGCAGGCGUGGAAGAACCACUCUGCCGAGUACGGACAGGGAGUGUGCAUGUACCGCACCGAGAAGACCAAGGAGCUGGUCCUCAAGGGGAUUCCUGAGAGCAUGAGGGGGGAUCUCUGGCUGCUGUUCUCUGGCGCGAUCAACGAGAUGGCCACUCACCCCGGCUACUACGAAGACCUGGUGGAGAAGUCGAUGGGCAAGUACAACCUGGCGACAGAGGAGAUCGAGAGGGACCUGCACCGCUCUCUACCCGAGCACCCGGCCUUUCAGAACGAGAUGGGCAUCGCGGCCCUCCGGAGGGUCCUCACCGCCUACGCGUUCAGGAAUCCCAAUAUUGGAUACUGUCAGGCCAUGAAUAUUGUGACGUCAGUGUUGCUGCUCUACGCCAAAGAGGAGGAGGCUUUUUGGCUGCUUGUAGCGCUGUGUGAGAGGAUGCUGCCCGACUACUACAACACUAGAGUUGUAGGGGCUCUUGUCGACCAGGGCGUGUUCGAGGAGCUCGCCCGGGAGUACGUGCCGCAGCUGUACGACUGCAUGCAGGACCUCGGAGUCAUCUCCACAAUUUCUCUGUCCUGGUUCCUCACGCUCUUCCUGUCCGUCAUGCCGUUUGAGAGCGCGGUGGUGGUGGUGGACUGCUUCUUCUACGAUGGCAUCAAGGUCAUUUUUCAGCUGGCGCUCUCCGUGCUGCACGCCAACAUCGACCACCUGCUCGGCUGCAAGGACGAUGGCGAGGCCAUGACUGUACUAGGCAGGUACUUGGACAGUGUGACCAAUAAGGACAGCACUCUACCCCCCAUCCCCCACCUGCACUCCUUACUGACAGACAACGGAGAACCACAUCCAGAGGUCGACAUCUUCAAACUGGUCCGCAGCUCCUACGAGAAAUUUGGCUCCAUCCGUGCGGAUGCGAUUGAACAGAUGCGUUUCAAACAGAGACUGAGGGUCAUCCAAACCAUUGAAGAUACAACUAAACGCAACGUGGUCAGAACUAUUGUAACAGAGACCGCCUUCAGUAUUGAUGAGUUGGAGGAACUCUACGUGCUCUUUAAGGCGGAGCACCUGACCAGCUGUUACUGGGGCGGCAGCAGCAACCCCACAGAGCGCCACGACCCCAGCCUGCCCUACCUGGAGCAGUACCGCAUCGACGUGGAGCAGUUCAAGGGCCUGUUCAACCUGCUGUUCCCCUGGGCCAACGGAGCCCACUCGGACCCCCUGGCCGUGCGCUUCUUCCGUCUCCUUGACCACAACGGCGAUGCUCUCAUCAACUUCAGGGAGUUCAUCAGCGGCCUGGGUACAUGUGUUCUGUGUCACGGGGACCUCAUCGAGAAGCUGAAGCUCUUCUACAAGAUGCACGUCUUACCCGAAGUCACUCGUGAACAGGAGGAGCCUGACUCUGCCUUUGAAGCCACUCAGUACUUCUUUGAAGACAUAACUCCAGACAUGUCAAUAGGUCAUGACUCAAAGUGCAGAAGUGAGAAGGAUGACGGCUUCGUCAGAGUUACAUUUAAGACUGAGAAGGUCAAGAAACUGAACAAUCCUGAUUACCGGGACUACCUGAAACUGUGGAACCAGGAGAGCAAGCCUAAACUACAAAACACAAAAGACCUCCCCAAGCUGAAUCAGAGCCAGUUCAUCGAGCUUUGCAAGACCCUCUACAGUAUGUUCAGCGAGGAUGUUGCCGAACAGGAGCUCUAUCACGCCACGGCCACGGUCACCAGUUUGCUGCUGGAAAUGGGAGAGGUGGGAAAGCUGUUCUCCUCCGCCCCCGGUAGAAAGGACCACAACAUGGAGGGUAACUCCGAGCGGAGCACGUGUACGAGAGACUCCGAGGAUCCCGAAUCCACCCAGGAGGCCGGGCUUGACGGCGUGCUCCCGCAGCGGGACGACGGAGGCACUUUUGUCCACGCAUGCCUGGAGGACAAGCCGAGCCCCCGCGAGGAGGGGAGAGGGGACGGAGGGAGCGAGCGGCUGCCGCCAAUGCAAGACAUCAAGCUGGAGGACUCGUCUCCCAAGGACACAGGCACAUCCUCUGCCAUGCUCAUCUCAGAUGAUGAAACCAAAGAUGACACGUCAAUGUCAUCUUACUCGGUGCUCAGCGCCGGCUCCCACGAGCUGGACGAGAAGCUCCAGUGCGAGGACAUCGCAGAAGACACGGUGCUGGUGCGCAGCGGCGACGACGGCGGCGAGGCGAUCGACCGCCCUUGUGGCGGCGGGCCCCUCGACAGAGCUCUGCCCCACAGCUCCAGCAUUGACAAAGACUGGGCCAUCACGUUCGAGCAGUUCCUGGCCUCGGUUCUCACCGAGCAGGCGCUCGUACAUUACUUCGAGAAGCCAGUGGAGGUGGCGGCUCGCAUAACCAACGCCAAGAAUGUGCGUAAAGUCGGGCGCGCCCUGCUGUCGACGAGUGACUAUGAGAUCUCACUAUCCGGCUGAAGUUCUAACAAGAGAUUUCACACAAAAAGACUUGUUUUAAAAGGGAUACGCUGUUAAAUGUGUCUCAGUGAGUUUUAGCUGAGAGCGAAGGUAAAUGUGUAUGAUAGUUGAAUGAAUGUGACCAAAAACUGCUCUCAGCAAUGUAUUUUCCCAGAUGUGAAAGACUUUUAUUAUAACAAUCACUGGAUCCUGUCCAGAGGGAACAGGACGUUACUGUUUAAAGGUUUGCUCAGAUUAAAUCAGUGUGUACAUGUAGUAGCUGUACUUUAUAAGACAUUACGCGUAGGUGUUAAUAUUGUAAUCUGUAGUACUCUUAGGCUAUGUAGAUGUAAAUAUCCACAGAUACAGUCCAGUUUCAAACUGGGAUAUCGAUAGUCUACAGUGCGUACGAUCACCUAACAUUAAAUGACAUCAAACUGUUGCUCCCUUACUUAACAAAUUUAUUUGCUGCUAAUCAAGUCUUUUUUUUUUUUUACUAUUUCACCAUAGAUGAUAUAUGAAAAAAAAGCAAAAUGAAGCUGUGAAAAUUCAAUGUUGGAGUGAAUUUUCAUGCGUUAUCUUGCAAACUCUCUUUAGCUCGUCAUUACUUUAAUGCAAUGGGUCACUUUGUUAGAAACUACUCACGCGCGAGCAAACACAUACCUAUAACUCCCUGCAUAUUCACUUCCCAAAAGAAUGUUCCCUGUAGUUGCUCCAGUUUUUUCCCCCCAUAUAAUAAUAAUGGUGAUGGAAAUGGCACAAACGAUAAUUCAACCACAGUUUUGUCCAAAAUGUUUUGAUGUUUCAGGGAAUCAAAGGAAUGCAAUUGUUCUGAGAAAAGAUGAUUACACUAAGAAAAAGCUUUUGAAUGAGGACCCUGCACUUUCUUUCUGUUUACAAUAAUGUGAUCUACUCGUAUGUGUUCGCUUGCCUUUUGCCUCGCAAUUGUCGUCUGCACUCCCAACUAAAAUGUUGCUCCUUCAGUUUUCUAUUUUGUAACAUAUUUUUUUUACCCUUUUUGAUCUGUAUUUUUUUUUUUUUUUUUUUUUACAUUGUUUUUAUGUGAAUAGUUUUUAUUUUACAUUGCCAUGUGUUACUCUGGAUUCAGAUGCAUUGUGUAUCACUCUAUUUAAUUAAAAUUUAAUUUUGAUUGAUUCAA